AGGCGGCUGACGGGUGCAGACCUAGAAGAACCUGGAUUGAAAGGUGGAAUAUAAAGGACACGUCUCUGAACAAAUGGUGUGAAUGGAAAAGAGCAUAUUCGGUUGGAAGUCCGUUCAUGUGUGUUUGGAAUGAAGCGCCUGUGGGACUUUCGCUUGCUGCUGUUCAUCGUUCUGCUUUUGUUAGGAGCCGUCACAUCACAGGUCAACCCAGGUGUGUGUCGGUAUCCCUUGGGCAUGUCAAGAGGUCAGAUCCAGGACGAGGACAUCUCUGCUUCUAGUCAGUGGUCUGACUCCACCGCCCCUCGAUACGGCAGGUUGAACAUUGAGGAGGGCGAUGGUGCCUGGUGCCCAGAUAUCCCAGAUGAGCUUGAUAACCUCAAGGAGUUCCUCCAGAUCGACCUGCGCUCCCUCCAUUUUAUCACCCUGGUGGGCACCCAGGGUAGGCACGCUGGGGGCAUGGGGAAUGAGUUCGCUCAGACGUACAAGAUAAAGUACAGCCGAGAUGGAAGUCGCUGGAUUCCAUGGAGGGACAGACAGGGCAAGCAGGUGAUUGAGGGAAACAGAAAUGCCUAUGACACCGUGCUGAAGGAUCUGGAGCCACCCAUCGUCGCCCGUUACGUCCGCUUCAUGCCGGUCACAGACCACUCCAGGACAGUGUGCAUGAGGGUGGAGCUCUACGGCUGCGAGUGGCUCGAUGGACUCGUGUCCUACAACGCGCCGAUAGGUGAACAGAUGAACUUACCUGGAUUACAAGUUUACCUCAACGACUCCGUCUACGAUGGAGCCAUCAUCCACAGUAUGACAGAAGGUCUGGGUCAGCUGACUGAUGGAGUGAGUGGGCAUGACAAUUUCACACAGAGUCAUGUCUACAACGCCUGGCCCGGUUACGACUAUGUCGGCUGGAAGAACGAGAGCUUCCCCAGCGGCUACGUGGAGAUCAUGUUUGAGUUUGACCGCAUUCGAAACUUCAGCACCAUGAUGGUUCACUGCAACAACAUGUUCGUGUGGAAUGUCAAAGUCUUCCAGCAAGUGGUCUGUUACUUUCACUCUGACUCAGACUGGGAGACGCCGAUGCUCUUCUUCAGUCCUGAGGUCGAUGAGAAAGAUCCUGCGGCUCGCUUUGUCACUGUCAACCUGGCGAAUCACAUGGCCAGCGCCAUCAAGUGCCAGUUCUACUUUGCAGACGCCUGGCUGCUGUUCAGCGAGAUCACCUUCCAGUCAGACACUGCCAUGUACAACAAUACUCUGACUCCACCCAAGACCGGGGUGCCACCCUACAUGCCACCUGAAGACGACCCCACCCACAAAGUGGACGACAGCGACACACGGAUAUUAAUCGCUUGUUUAGUGGCCAUCAUCUUCAUUCUGGUUGUUAUCAUCGUCAUCAUCUUGUGGCGGCAGGUGUGGCAGAAGAUGCUGGAGAAGAGCGAGACAUUCGCCUACACACAGAACCACUCCAGCGUGACCAGCGAACAAGAGUCUGGUUCCACCUACGAGCGUAUCUUUCCCCUGGGUCCAGACUACCAGGAGCCUUCACGCCUCAUCUGCAAGCUGCCAGAGUUUGCUCAGAGCUCAGAGGAGCCAGCUUCUUCUAGUUCAGUUGCAUCCAAAUCCACCACAUCAACUGUACCAGUCCAAGAUGGCGUCCCUCACUAUGCAGAAGCAGACAUUGUAAACCUGCAGGGCGUGACUGGUGGAAACACGUACGCCAUCCCUGCUCUCACCAUGGACUUGUUGUCAGGGAAAGACGUCGUCGUGGAAGAGUUUCCUCGGAAACUGCUCACAUUUAAGGAGAAGCUUGGAGAGGGCCAGUUCGGCGAGGUUCAUCUCUGUGAAGCAGAGGGGAUGCAAAAGUUCAUCAGUGAAGACUUUUUAUUCGACAUCACUGAGGAGGAGCCAGUUUUAGUGGCUGUGAAGAUGCUUCGUUCAGAUGCCAACAAAAAUGCAAGGAAUGACUUCCUAAAAGAAAUAAAGAUUAUGUCUCGCCUGAAAGACCCCAACAUCAUCCGGCUGCUGGCCGUGUGCAUUUACAGUGACCCGCUCUGCAUGAUCACGGAGUACAUGGAGAAUGGAGAUCUCAACCAGUUUCUGUCUCGGCAUGAGCCGGAGGGACAACUGGCCCAGCUCAGCAAUGCACCGACAGUCAGCUACAGUAACUUGUGCUACAUGGCCACUCAGAUAGCAUCGGGGAUGAAGUACCUCUCCUCUCUCAACUUUGUACAUCGAGACUUAGCAACACGCAACUGUCUGGUGGGUGAAAACUACACUAUAAAGAUAGCAGACUUUGGGAUGAGCAGAAACCUGUACAGUGGCGACUACUACCGCAUCCAAGGACGGGCGGUGCUGCCGAUUCGCUGGAUGUCCUGGGAGAGCAUCUUGCUGGGCAAAUUCACCACUGCGAGUGAUGUCUGGGCGUUUGCCGUCACCCUGUGGGAGAUUCUGAACUUCUGCAAAGAGCAGCCGUACUCUCAGCUCACCGAUGAGCAGGUGAUAGAAAACACCGGAGAGUUUUUCAGGGACCAGAAAAGACAGAUCUACCUUCCCCAGCCGGUGCUCUGUCCUGACUCAGUCUACAUGAUCAUGCUGAGCUGCUGGAAGAGGAAUGCUAAGGAGCGACCAACCUUCCAGGAAAUACACAGAGCCCUUUUUGGAGAUGCAUUGAGUUCAUUUUAAGGCUGGCUUCAUAAAGACAAAGCUCUGGACACAUGUUGGCUCCAAGCUAUGCCCUCAGAAACACUGUUAUGCUGACAUGUGUGACAAAGUCCAGUAGUUUUAAACAUGUAAUCUCUCAAGUUAAUCUCAGAAGUUUAAAGUUUGUCUGCCACUCAAGGUCGGUUCAGGGUCAAAAUAUUGGCCUAGCAUGGUGUGUCACAGUUUACUCAAUAAUAAUGCUGUAGGAGAAUUUUGACAUCCAGUUUAUCCUUUCAUUUCUAAUCAAACAACAGCAAUACGUUUUGAUACCUUUGCGCUUCAUAGUUUUUCUUGUGGAAUCUGGGGUCUUUAGAGCUAAAGAAGUUAAAGAACUGUAGCAAAAACGUUCUGCACUUUUGUAUUAAUAUUUUUUUAACUACAUUUUGUUUGUUUAUUGCUAUCAUUUAAUGCAACUAUAUGAACGAAGCGCUCUGUUUUGGAAGACUGUUUGAAUGUAUAGAAAUAGAAAAGCUAAUUAUUACUGUAACUUUUUGUUUUUAAACUCAUUUAUUCAAGACCUUUGUGUGAAAAGCCUUUAACUUGGGUGCCCAUUCUUUCUGAUGAUUUUGAAUUUACAGUGUAUUUUCAGUAGAUAGUUGACUCGAUUUGUGCUUAUAUUUAUACGACUCAAGUUUAUUUUUAAUUCAGCAUUAGAAAAUGGAACUUAUCAUCCACCUAGCAAAAAUGUACAGUAUGACCUCAAAGUGCUUUUCACUUGAUAAAAGUCAAAGCAGUUUUUUAUGCAAGCGGUUUGAUGCCAGCUGAGUGUCACCCAAAAAAAGAGUUCAUGUGUUGUGUUUUGUAAGUUGUGCUGAUAAUAUCGCUCAAUACUCAUUGUGUCAUGUGCGGUUCUUUACAGUUGCACUGUAAUUAACAUCAUGACACAUUCAGAACCAUAUGCACAAAAUAGUACAUGAAUGAAACAACAUUUACUUUAUGUAUGUUUUUUUUCUUGAAAGAAGUUGAAGAGUGUUUUGUUAUGUGCAUCAGUGAGAUGAGUAGCAUGUGUUUAAUGUUGAAACAUGAUAGUGUGUUUUUGUGGUUUCGUUUGUGUGCAAGUGGCUCCAAAGAGGGAAAUCUUUAAAUUAAGAGACCAAAGUGUGAUUAUUUCCACAUUUGCCUUCAUAUGAUUCCAAAUGGUUAGUAGAUAAAUCUGCUACAACAUGCUUUGUAAUUGUUUUUUGCUUUUGUGCUUGUCUUUUGAUUCAAAACAACUGAAUUUGUGGGACAAUUAUCUUCUGCUUAAACUCUUUCCAGUCAAAUGUUUUCAUGUUUUGUAC